AAACUUUUUAAUUCAGUUUCUUCCACUUCAAUGACUUUCCAGUUUUUCUUUCCUUAAACUCUCUCUUCCUUUCUUCCCUCAUUUUCGUUUACUACCCACCCAACCAAACCACAUCUUCUUCUAUCAAUUUAAACACAAAUUAAAGGGAAACUUGAAAAGCAAAUGACAUAACUUGUAGUCGUGGUAUGGCAGAAAUUAGCGAGGUAGAUGAUCAAAAGCUUUGUGGUAAUGUUGUGAUAUGUAUUGGAAAAAUGUUAAAACAACUACCUCAAGUUAAUGCAGAAUGUAGCAUCUAUCAAGUUUCCAAAGAGCUACUCGAGAUUAAUCGUAAAGCCUAUAUCCCUCAACUCAUUUCCAUUGGCCCCAUUCAUCAUGGUACUAACAAUGAUUUGGUAGCCAAUCAACAAUAUAAGCUUCAAGGGUUUAUUAACUUUCUACGUCGUAUAAAUAUUAAUAACAAGCAGAUUCUAUCAAUGGAGGACAUCUUACAAACGGGAACAUUGAACACCCUUGUAGAAAAAGCUCAUCAUUGGGUGGAAGAAGCACGCAAUUGCUAUACAUCACCACCCAUUAACACGAUAGAUAUGGAUGCAUUUGUUAUAAUGAUGCUUGUGGAUGCUUGUUUCAUAGUCGAGUUUCUUAUACUCAAAUUUGAUUACGACCAUCCAAAUGGUAAGUUCUUACAAAUUCAGGACAAUAUAGAUAUUUCAUUCUACCAAGGAAUGGACUUGCAUAUACUUUAUGACUUGAUAAAGUUGGAAAAUCAAGUUCCUUUCUUCCUUCUACAAUAUUUGUUUGACCUGAUACCAAAACAUGAUAUCUCCAUGAUGAUUUCCUCCUUUAGAGAUCUUACACUUAGGGCUCUUAAGUUUCGGUUGGUACGUACAUACGAGAUUAAUUUGUUCAAAGAGCCAAAACACUUUGUUGAUUUAUUAACUUUCUACUUCGUUCCUUCGGCCGGCCAGAAGGUUAACAAUCAACAUGGAAUAUUCAAAAGUACUAUUGAGGAAAAAAAUAGGUGGAUUCCCCCAUCUAUAACUGAGCUUCGUGAGGCUGGUGUGACCAUCAAGAAAGCCGAAAAAGCCAAACAUUUGACAGAUAUAACCUUCAAAAAUGGGGUUUUGAGAAUCCCACCUUUACAUAUUUAUGAUGAAUUUGAACUUGUGUUGCGAAACAUGGUCGCAUUUGAGCAAAUCUCUGCAAGAAAAAUGAACAAGUAUGUAAUCCAAUAUGUAUUAUUUAUGGAUGAUUUGAUAAGUACAGAGAAAGAUGUACGUUUACUUGUGGAGGCUGGAGUCAUAAUCAACCAAAUUGGUGGCAGUGAUAAAGAAGUUGCUGAUCUAUUUAACAACUUUUGUAAAUUUAUCACAGCUCCCAAAUCUUCCAACUUUGACUCUAUCAUCAAAGAUUUGUGUGAACAUUGCAAUGGAAGGUGGAACAGGGCCAAAGCUUCACUAAAACAUAACUAUUUCAAUACGCCAUGGGCAUUUAUCUCCUUCUUUGCUGCAACCUUGCUCAUUCUUCUCACCCUUCUUCAAACCAUUUUCACCGCUAUCACCACAUUUACUUAGCUACCUACUCAAACCUAUCCUUGCAUUUAUGUUAUAUUGUAUUUGUAUGUUCUAAUUUCCAUUUUACUUACUUCUUUUGAAUAAACAUUCUAUAUGAUAUAUGACUUA